GCUUUGAUGUCAGUGUUUGAUUGUUUAGCCUGCUGAUAGUUUGAUUUGAUUUGACAGAUUGAAGGAAGAACUACAUUUAAAAAGGAAAAAUGAUCCUCUCUUCUGCUUUUGGGAUGGUUCUCUUUUUGCCUUUUAUUCACAGCUCAAGCGUCAGGCUGGCCAGUGGGAGCACGUCCUGCUCUGGGAGAGUCGAGGUUUAUCACGACGGCCAGUGGGGGACAGUGUGUGAUGAUGGCUGGGCUAGGACCCAUGCCCAGGUUGUGUGCAGAGAGCUGGGUUGUGGCAAUGCGGUAUCUGCUCCUGUAAACGCACACUUUGGACAAGGGACUGGAAAAAUCUGGCUGGAUGAUGUAGUGUGUACAGGAAGCGAGCAAUCACUGCUUAACUGUGCAUCGCGAGAAUGGGGAGAACAUAACUGUAGACAUGCAGAGGAUGCCGGAGUCAUCUGUUCAGCUUCUUUCAAGAAACCGCAGAUUGCUGUGAGUGUCCGAGGUGUCAGGCCAGACGUUGUGAAGCUGAACUGCUCGACGACAGAAACUCUGAACAACGUCAAUUACCUCCUGAUGCACAACACAAAGCUGCUGGAUGAGAACGGCGAUGGCACGUUUUAUAUCAGGAGCAGGAACGCAUCCGAUAGCAACGGGAAUUACAUGUGCAGGAUUGUCAGAGGGAAGGAGUUUUCCAGCACCAGCUCUCCUGUCUCAAUCACUAUCACAGCCCCUCCCGCUCUGUCUGUGAGCAGCUCUGUGUCUGUGAGAGGAGAGGAUGUGACACUGCAGUGCAGCCUCAGCAGCUCAUAUCAGAGCCCUGGCUGGUUUAUUCUUUACCGGGGCUGCGAGGAAGUGCAGGAGCAGAGCGUACCUGCAGGAGACAAGAGCUGUACCUUCAACUUCGCCUGCAACACAACGCCCGGCCAACAGGGGGAGUACUCGUGCCGUUAUUACACACAGUCACAGACCGGAUGGGUACUUACAGAACAGUCUGCUCCUGUUAAUAUCACAGAGUAUUUACCAAUCAUAAAGUCCGGUUUUUAUACACUGGUUGUCAUUGGGACUGGCUUGGCAGCAGGGCUGGUCGUUCUAGUGUGUGCGGCAGCUCUGUAUGUGUGGAAGAACAGACAAGGAAGAAAGGAGCCAAACGGGAGUGUCCGUGACCUUUGUCCACAAAAUCAGCCUGACCACAUCUAUGAGCUGGAACCAGUGCCUGCUGUAAAAGCACCAGACACAGGGGUGUCUCAACAGAGGAAUGAAGAUGACAUCUCAUACGCCAGUCUGAACUCUGACUUCCUGCAACAGAACCGUGCGACUGUGAAUCCGGAAAGAGAGAUCUGUGUUUAUGCAGACAUCCUAUGGGAUCACUGACAAAGCGUUUUCACGGCAUUUGAAAUUCGGGUCGGAGUCUGAUUUAUUAAGUGAGGAUGCAGGGGCUCAGUUGUCACCUUAGUGUUUAAACUGCAAACAUGGAAUUAUGAACCACACUGAACUGCAUUAAACCUGCAAGAAUGCCAGGCUAGGGUUCAGGCAGGAAACACUACCCGAGCAGCCGUAUGAAAAAUACGCCAAAAGCAACACGGUCACAUAAUCGCCUUAAACGGAGGACUGUUUCCUAUAAAGUGAAACUCAACUCAAAUCGUCUUUAGUUCAAGUGGAGUUAAAGUGUUUCAAACCAAGUACCUUCGUAUAAAACGUAGUCAGUCGUGUGUCACCACAGCAGUUCUGAGAGUUGCUCCUAAGCUCUGCGUGGAAAUCACCUGUACGACAUUUCAAUUUUUUACUUUUUAAAUUUAGUCGUCGCCAACUCCCCCCCCCCCCCGUUUUUUCCCCAAUUUAGUGUGCCCAAUUAUUAUCUGUAUCCUCGGCUCACUGCUCACGACCUCAUUUACUGUGGUAGUCUUUCUUAAGGGUAAUUCACACAUCAUUUACAGGUGAAACAGGGUCAGUAAUGCCCUGCUAUCUUUCAGAUAUCUGUGUGUGUCUGCCCGUCUGUCCUUUCUGGUUUUGCCUGUGCAGGAGUGGGAACACAGUUUUAGUGUUUGGAAUGGAGAGUAAUGGACAGAAGUGAAGCGGGCCAUACAUGGACUUUCCUGACGCCAGGUGGGCGUACAGUAUGCUGGUUUGAACAAAGAGCGUGACACAAUUGAGAGUUUUUAGCCUGCAGUAGCUAACUGAAACCAUGGUAUGGAAAGUAAAGAGAUUGUUAUACAGGUCUUUCUCUCUCCGAUGUUCCCUCCCCUGCACAGACAACAUGUUUUGUGUUUUUAUAAUGGUCAGUGUUUGUAUUAUUAU